AUGGCUUCAGAAAAUGUACAUAGACCACGAUUUAUAUAUGCUACAUGUUUUACACAAAAUGCCGAUACUUUAGAACAACUUAAAACGAUUGACAAAUGGUUAAUUACAAUGGGAAAAUAUGAUGAAAAUAAAAUUCAAAGUUUAAUUUUAUUUACAGUUGCAUCUUUAAUAUUUCAAAUAUUGAAAGAUAUAAAAUCUUCUUCUACAUUUACUUUAAAAUCAACUGUAGAAAUAUCAGAUUUAUCUAUUCCUAGUUUGCUUCACCUUCGAAUUGCUUUUCAACUAAAAAAAAUCAAUAGCAAUUCUAUUUUAUUAGAGGAAUUGGAUAAACAAUAUUGCAAAAAUUUAGGAGAAAUAUUUACUAACAAGCUUUGGAAAUUCCAAAAAGAAUUUGAUGCAUCUC